AUGUCGACCGAUAAACCUCAAGGCUCCGACCGUCCCAACAAAGAAAAGCCGAUCUGCGACUUUUUCUUUAAAAUUGGAGCGUGUCGUCAUGGAGAUUCGUGUAAAAAGCAACACUUCCGUCCCGAGAGUAGUCAGACUUUAUUAUUCACACGAAUGUACCAAAACCCUAAAAUUCGAAUCGACGAAAGCGAAGGUCUUGAAAAAGACGAGAAAAAGAUGCGGCAUGAUUUCAAUGAGUUUUAUGAGGAUGUAUUUAGUCAGAUUCAGAAUUAUGGGGAGGUCGAAGAAUUUAUAGUGUGUGGGAAUGACAACGACCACAUGAUGGGUAACGUCUACGUCAAAUAUACCAAAGAAGAAGAAGCCAAAAAGGCCAAAGACGAGUUAACUGGAAGAUACUAUGCUGGUAAAAUGCUUCAACCAUCAUUUUGUCGCGUCACUGAUUUUAGAGAGGCAAUUUGUAGACAACAAGAACAAGGAACUUGUACUCGUGGUGGCCAAUGUAAUUUCAUUCAUGUUAUUGAACCCGAUCCUUCACUAAAAAGAGGACUCUUUGCAAAUCAAUUGUCUCGGCGUAAGCGAGAAAAAGAAGAAAGGAGACGAAGGUAUGAGAAUGAUGAAAGAAGAGAUAGAAGUGAUAGAGAUUCAUAUAGGAGAAGUCGAGACGAUCGUCAUUAUCGUUCUCGUUCGAGAAGUGAUUCACGUGAAAGAAGAACACACGACAGGUAUAGAAGAGAAAGAAGUGAUUCACAUGAGAGUCGACUGAAGCGGGGUGACUCGUCCGAAAAGAAAUAA